UGACCUGCUGAGCGCUAGCGUGCUGAGUGCUGACCUGCUGAGUGCUGGCCUGCUGAGUGCUGCCGUGCUGUGUGGUGGCCUGCUGUCUUGCUGAGAGGUGGCCUGCUGUCCUGCUGAGUGCUGUCUGGCCCCUCCCUCCUCUCCAUUAUGAAGUUCACGAAGACCGAAGUUGGCAAUGGCCCCGUGGAGGAGGACCAGGAGGGCGGGAGGGACGGGGAAGAGGAGGAGGAGGAGGACGAGGGCGACAUUGAAGAGUUCCUCAAGCUGGAUGCUGAGUUGGACGCGCUGAGCUCUGCACUUGACACCCUUGAGCAGCGCAACGACGCCAUCAACGACAGACUUCGCAAGAUCCUGGAGGAGAACCGCGCCAUCCGGGAGGCAGCGGCGGCGGAGGUGGCGGAGGCGGUGAAGAAAACGGAGCAAGAGCGGCAGUAGAUGGCAAGGGGCGCUGUACCUCAUGUGACGGAGGGCCGCGAGGAGGUGGAGACAGUGCACGCAGCCUCAGCCAGCCACCUCCAAGACGCCAAGGGAACAGAACAAGCCCCCCACACACUGCCAGCUGUACCACCACCCUCCACACGGCCCUGAGAUCACAAGUGUGCGCCUCGGUAGAGCUAGAAGAGGUAGAAGAAAUCACUGGUUGUUAAAAGUAGAUUCGAUAGAGACCGUAAAAUUGUAACCUGUAGGGAAUGUCGACGGAAAAGAUCUUGGUUGGUAAGGUUCGCUGUGUCUUGAUCCUGUUAAAAGUUGAUUCGAUAGAGACCGUAGACUUGAAACUGUUAUGUGUGGUUGACGGGGAAGAUCUCGUUUGGUGGAGGUUGAUGUAGCUGUGUCCUGGUUUACACGAGUGGUUGUUUGGGUGGUUCAGAGCGCUCAUGUGUGUCCGGGAAGGCAUUGUUCUUUCUCUGCAUCUUUUUCUUCAUCUUUUUUCUACUUUUCUUCUUUCAUGGCACCACUGAAAAUGAUAACAAUAACUUAGCUUGUGGGGAUGAACUUAAUUGGGUACAUUU